AUGACUAUUGACAAAGAUUUUCUAUUAAAAUUUACUCCCGUUGAUGAACAAGAUGAAUACAAGCGAAAUGAUUCAAUACAAAUCGGAUUUGAACAAGAACUUAAAUCUAUAACAGUACGUCAUGGUGAUUCAGCUAGAUUUGAAGCUAAAAUACGUUUAAUAUCAAUAUCAUCAUCGAAAUCCAUUGAUCGAUCAUUGUUAAAUAUUGAAUGGCGUUUAAAUGAUAUAUGUAUAAAAAAUGAUAAUAAUUCAAAAUAUCAAUUUGGCUCUUUACCAGAAGAAAGUCGUUAUUGGAUGGACAUACGACAAUGUCAACAACAAGACGAAAAAGUUUACACUAUUCAUAUUAGUUUUGAUAAUGGAAAAUUACAUGAUGAAUCCAGUGCUUACCUUUUUGUUGAUAACGCAUCAACUGAAAUUUACGAAGAAUCCAUUCAAACAAAUGAAAGAGGAUCAACAACUGAUAAUUCAUGGUCAAUAGCAACAUCUUUCAAUCAUUGUAUGCCACCAACUAUAAUACGAUUACUUAAACCUUCGUAUCGAUAUUCUUCUGGUGAACAAUUACAUUUUCUCAUUGAAUAUAUUUCUCCAUCAGAUCAAUGCCAUUGUGCAUGGCAAGUGCAACAUUCAAAUAGUCAAACGUCACGAGCCAUAGAAGAUGGAUUUGUUGUUAACGCAGAUUGUUCAUCGAUCUUAAUUAUUGAAUCGAUUACGCCACAACUGCAAGGCUUGUACACAUUCUAUGUUGAAAAUAUUUAUGGACGUGCUACAACACAAACAAUUGUUAUUGUUAAGACAGCAAAUACGGAUGAUAGUACACAAGAAUAUCAAGAAAUCGAAGAUGCUUUCUCAGAAAAGAUAGACGAAUAUCAUAAUGGUUAUCAUCUUUAUUCAAAUGAAUCAACUCAUAAAAGAAUUUCAACGAUAAAUAAUAUAUCGUCAAGUGAAUCAUCAGAUUACGAAUAUCUUAAAGCUCAAUUUCUUAAUGGAAAACCACUGAGACUUCCACCAAUUAUAGAUGAAACACCAAUAUACUCAUCAAUCAACAAAGAACGACGAUUAAAUGAAGAAAAACAACAUGCACAAACGGAUGCAGUAAAUGUGAAAGAUUUGUACGGUCAACGGCAUAUUGCAUAUUUUGAUCCAUCAUGUACAUUUGAACAUGUUGAACCCAUUGAACAAUGUGAAAAUGAAGAUGCUAAAACACGAUUUCCAAUAAAUAAUCAUCAGAUAAAAAAUGGACGUGAUGCAACUGUUCGCAUUAAAUUCGAACUUCCACCUCCGCCACCCAUCGAUGAUACUCUAGAAGAACAUAUUUAUGAGGACAUUCCAAAUAUUAUUCCUACUCAAGAUAUUUCUACUACAAAUUUUGCUCAACAACAGUCAAAUUCAGUAACCGAUAAUGAUUUCAGUGUAACUGAACAAUCACAAAUUAUUUCAUCGUCACUGAAUUCACUUGACGAAGCUUUGCACAAUGUUGAGCAAUGGUCUGAUAUUAUAGUUGAUCGAGAUUCAUGUGUUCCAUCGCCGUCAAGUCGAAUUUCAAAUUUAAUUUCAUCAGUAGAUGAUUAUGUAGAUGAACAAUAUAUAAAAGAUCAGCUAGAUAUAAGUUCAGUUAAUAUUAUAAAUAUUUCUGUAACUGAUAAAUCAAUGGAAGAAAUUGAAGAUCGACCAACAUUAAUCAUACAACCAAGUACUACGGCUAAUCGAAUGAUUGUCGAUGAAAAUCUAGUCAAUCGUAAUAAAAUUGAUUGUGUUCAAUCUAGAAAAUCCUUUGAAGAGAAAAUACUAUCAGAAGUAUUAUAUGAUCCAUUGCACUUGGUUGAAAUUCCUAGUCAAACAAAUGAAAAUACAAUGUUAGUUUCAACAGAUUUAUCCACUGGUAUCGAUCAAGUUAUCGAACGAAUUCAUGUCGACGAUGAAUUGUUUGAAGCUAAGAAAACUUUAAUUAUUGGAAUUCAAGCACCAAGUGAAAUCCUUUCAUCGACAAACAACAUUGACAAAGAAGUCUCACCAUCCAUUCAACAUCAAACUGAAAAGUCGUUUGACAUUGUCUCCAACAAAAGCAUUGAUACUAUCGAUGUGCCAUUAUGCAGAGCACAUUCAACUGAUAAAACAAUGGAUACUAUUAUAAUUACUACUGAAGAAGUUUUACCUAUUGAUUCAUCUAAAUGUUGUCCUAUGUCAAAUAUACAGAUAGAUUCUGUAUCAAUAAGACAAGAUACGUUGACUUGUGAACAAACUUCUGCCACAUAUCGUACAGUUAUGAAUGAUAAAUUAUCAAGUGACCUACUCGAAUCAUUGUCUGUUCCUGCUCAAUUAGAUUUAUUACCACUUGCAACAAUGCCAGAUCAAACAACAAAUAUAGAUGAACAACGAAUACCUGAUAGAACUGUUCAGCACGUUCUUUCAGCUUCACUUGAACCAAGAAAACUUAUUCAUAUCGAAGGUAGCUCAGAAAUAAUACCAAUAGUUUUAUCGUCAUCAUCGUCGCUGGAUAACUCCAGUAAUAUUUCACUUAGCAAUGAUUGUAAUGAAUGCUUAGAUAUUAAAUCAGAAAUUCUUGAUGAAAUAACAAAAGUAGAUGUCUCAAUAAUUACAUCGUUAGAAAAACCGUCGAUUACUCUUGCUGCAGCCGAAAAAUUACAACAUGAUGCAGCUAUUGAACUAAAAGAUGAUGAUGAUGAUGCUAUUAAACUAGAUUUAACAUCAGCAAAAAUACCAAUUACUAUAGAAAACGUGCCUUCAACCGAAAAUGAAGUUCUUACAUUGGAACAUAAACCUAUUGCAAAUUCACAGUCAAUUGACUCGAAUAUUAAAUCUAAACUAAUCAAAAAGAAGAAAAAAAUCGAAUCACUUAGUUCUAUUGAAAACAGUCAAAAACUGAUAACUAGUGAUAAAUCAAAAUCAAUCGAUCAGCAAACAAUAACAUUAGAUGAUCAGAUUUCUUCUAAAUCAGAAAAACAGAACUCUUCACAAGACAAUGUAUCAGAUUUACAAAAACUUCAUGAUAAAAUUGAAAAAGAACAACCAGCAUCGAAUGAAUCAUCUGACCAAUCGUUAUCAUCUACCCAACUGCCUAAUUCUCAACAAGAAUUAUUAUCAGACAUCGACACUACUUAUCUAAAACAGGAAUUUAUUCGACCAAAAUUUUCUCUUCGUCUUAAACCAACAUCCGCAAUCAACAAUAAUGAUAAACUGAAACUCGAAGUUCAUUUUAUCGGCCAACCAGAACCAACGGUAACUUGGUACUAUAAAUCGAAUGUACUUGUACCUUCAUCCAAUCUACAUAUUGAUCGAUCGAAUGAUAUUGAUACAUUUAGUUCAAUAUUAACGAUCGAUAAAAUAAAUACGGAUUAUGAUGGUAGAUUUAAAGUCAUAAUCAAGAAUGAAUUAGGUGAAGCUGUUAGUGCUGCACAAGUCAAUGUUAGACGAGAAUCUAUAGCUAUUCAAUUUCAUACACCAAUGAAGAAAAUAAAUGCAAACAAGAAUUUGAUACCUUCAAAAAAAGAUAGUAAUAAUAGAUUAUAUUCAAAUACAAGUGACGACAAAGGUGAAAGUAUGUCUAUUGAAACAUCUAAUGAUACUGCAAGACGUCGUUCCAGUGCAUUAGUCAUAUCUGAAAAAAAGCCUAAUUUUUCUCACCCACUUGAAAAUGAACUAUUUAUUAAUGAAGAUGAUCCACUUAUUCUCGAGUGCAUAAUUAAUGGUAAUCCAUUGCCCGAAUUAAUUUGGUUUUUUAACGAUCGUAAAAUCAUUUUUGAAGAUGGCUAUGAUAGAAAAUCUGAAACAUUAAAUCCUGAAAGUGCUCGUCAUCAAUUACAUAUAAGUUCAAAACAUAGAAAACUCGGUAUUUAUAAAGCUCAAGCACAAAAUACGUUUGGUCAUACAGUUAGUACAUGUCAAGUUAAAAAAUCUGCACAUUCUAUUAAUCGACGACGAGCUGCUUUUGAAGAAUCAGAAUUACAAGUUCCAACUGCAAAUGUUCAACGACGUCGUUCAAGUGUAACACAACCUCAUCCUGAUCAAAUACAACCAAUAACACAAAAGCCAAUUAUUGUUCAAGAUCUUUCAAAAUUUCAAAUUGAUUUAGGGUCACCAUGUGCAUUAACAUGUAAAUCAAAAUAUGACACAGAACAAGAAUGGAGUAAAGAUGGAAAACCUAUUGAUUCAGCAAAAUUAAACGAUGGAAGUAUAUUUACAAAAGUUGAUCGUACACAAAAUGGAAGUAUCCAUGUAUUGAAUAUAAAACAAUUCAAACAAGAAAAUGUUGGCCAUUAUGAAUUAAUAUUGAAAAAUAGUUUAGGAGACGUUCGUUCUCAAGGUCAAUUGGAUAUGAAAGGUAUACCACCAACGUUUACUGUUGAACCGAAAUCAGCAGCAGUUGUUAAAGGAAAAAUGGUAGAAUUUAAUUGUCGCGUUGGUGGAAGUCCUAAGCCAGAAGUACAAUGGUUUCUUAAUGGGCAACUUUUACGUUCUGGUGGUAAAAUUUCUAUCGUUGAAGAACGUGGUUUAGUUAUUCUCCGAAUCAAUAAUAUUACGGAUAGUGAUGUUGGUGAAAUAAAAUGUCUUGCAAAAAAUAGUUUAUCAGAAAUUUCACGUGACGUUUCAUUAAAAAUAACCGGUGAACAACGUCCACCAAGCAUAGUCGAUAAAUCAAAAUCAACUGAAGUUAAUCCAAAUGAAAGUGUCGAAUUUUUUGUUAAAGUCACUGGUGCACCAACGCCCACAAUUACUUGGACACGAAAAGGAAUGGCAAUAUCAUCAAAUGAAUUCUAUCAAUUAAGAACAGAAAAUGAUACACAUUAUUUAUUAAUUAAAAAAGCUGGCGCCGAUGUUAUGGGAGCAUAUCUUAUAACAGCUACUAAUACUUCUGGAAAAGUUUCAGCAGAAAUUGAUCUUAGUAUUACAGGUUUAACGACGAUAUUUGAACGACCACUACGUGAUACAUCGGUUACACAAGGCCGUCCAUUAACACUGGACUGUGAACUUGAUAUAAAGAAAGGCAUACCCAAAGUUGUUUGGAUGAAAAAUAAUCAGCCAAUAGUAAAAUCAGAUCGUAUUAUUCCAUCAAUGAAAGGAAAUAAAGUUCAUGUCUUAACAAUAAAAAAUGCAACACCAGCUGAUGCUGGCUAUUAUAGUGUAACAGCUACAUUAGGCAAUGAAACAAGUGUAUCUGAUGCGCAAGUUCUAAUUGAGGUUGCACCAACAUUUGUUACUAUACCUGAAACAGUUACUGUUGUUGACGGACAAGAUUGUGAUAUACAUGUUGAAAUAUCUGGUUUACCACCUCCUCAAAUCAAAUGGUCUUAUUUAGCUGAAGAUUUGGUAACAAAUGCAAAAUAUAAUAUAAAAUCUGAUGGCAAUCAUUAUCAAUUACGUAUUCAUCAUGCAACAGCAAAAGAUGCUGGUGAAUACCAAAUUAUAUGUUCAAAUAAUCUUGGUCGUAUAACAGGAAAAAUCAAUGUUCGAAUAUCAUCACCACCCAUUAUAGUUCAACCAUUAAAAGAUUUACUCAUACCAGUAAAACGAACAGCUCGAUUAGAAACACAAAUUCAUGCAUUUCCAGAACCGAAAAUAGUUUGGUCUAGAGAUGCCAUACCGAUGGAUUUUAGUUUAUAUCCUGGCCGAAUAAAUGCUGAAGAACGUCGUGGAACGUAUUCACUGGUUAUUAAAAAUAUUCAAUUAGAAGAUAGCGGAUUCUAUGUAUGUACAGCACACAAUGCACACGGUACAACAAAAACAUCAGCGACAGUAACCAUUGAAGUAGCACCAGUAUUUUUGCAACGAUUGGAGAAAUUAGAAGGUGUAGAAAAUUGUGAUAUCGAUAUACGUGUACAAGUUGCAGGAUAUCCACAUCCAAAAUUAGAGUUUUCAUUUAAUCAAAAUCCCAUCGAAUUAAAAGGCCGAUAUACAUUAAAAGAACUAAAAAGUGGUUGGUAUGUAUUUACUAUUACAAAUGCUCGAUCAACCGAUGCUGGAUCAUAUUCAUGUACGGCAAGUAAUUCACUUGGGCAAGCAUCAUGUGUUGGCAAAUUAACAUUAUUCCCAUUGGCACCACCAAAUUUUACGCAAGCCUUAACUGAUGCAAUAUUUCCUGUUGGUGGAAUAUUAAAAGCUAUUCUUAAAGUUAGCGGUUUACCAUUGCCACGUUUAACCUGGUUCAAAGAUGGUCAAGUUUUUGAUGAAAAUGAACGAAUAUCUCUUGUAUUUGAUCCACGUACAGCAACAUGGACAUUAACGAUACGCGAUUGUCAAGAAAGUGACACUGGCAUAUAUGAAUGUCGUUCAAAAAAUCCUGGUGGCGAAAAAGUAACGAAAUGCACGAUUACAGUUUCGGGUGAAGCAGCAUCAUUUAUUGAUACACCUGAAAAAGUUUCUUGUUUGGAAGGACAAACGGCUGUGUUUGGUUGUCGUGUAUCAGGUGAUCCGUAUCCAUUGGUUAUAUGGUCAAAGGGCAAAGUAAAAACAUUCACAGAAAAUACACCAAAAUAUUCACUUUAUUAUGAUGAUGAAUUGGAUGCACAUUUUUUUGAAAUUAAUCAAUGUUCUCAAAAUGAUACUGGCCUAUAUACAGUUACACUUCAAAACGUACAUGGUACAUUAACAAAACCUGUUUCAUGUUUUAUUGUAACCAAACCAGAUGAAGUUAUUGAUUAUAAGAGUAUUUUACGUAAAAUGGAAUCUAUACAACGUAGUCAGGAUGCUGGUCCCGAUUGGGGUAAAUUAAAGAAAGGUAAAGGUAAACCAAAAGGUCCAGGUGAUCCUGGUUGGCAAUAUCAAUUGAAACAUUUCAAUUUAACUGGUGAUGCACAGUCAAUAAAUGUUAAUACAGGUGAAGCUGGUGAUCUAGUAGGUUUAUCGCCAAGUAAUUAUAAUCGGCGCCCAGCACGUAUGGGAGGAGCAGGUGGUGAUAAUGCACAAGAUGGUGAUGGCCAUGGAUUCGGUGUGCCAAAAUCAGGUACUGGCAAAGAUCGUCGAGCAUCACGUCUUCCACCUGCAACAUUUACAAAACCACUUUCAAAUAUAACAGUACAUGAAGGUAAAAAUGCAGCAUUCGAAUGUAAUGUUUCCGAAGCUGAAGCACCAGUAACAUGGUAUAUCAAUGAUCAACCGAUAUCAAGUCAACGUGUACAAACAUUAUCGAUUGGUAAAACACGCCGACUUGUAUUAAAGGAUUGUGUACUAAAUGAAAAUAAUUCAACAAUAACAUGUGCACUUGAUGAAACAACAAAAACCAGUGGACAAUUAAUUGUUAAAGAAGAACCCUUUGAUUUUACAGAUAAAUUGAAAAACUUAAAAAUAAAACGUGGCGAUAAAUGUGAAUUACAAUGUACUGUUAAUAAGCCUAAUAUUGUAUUACAAUGGCUUAAAGAUGGUAAACCAAUCACUGAUUUUCAAGAACAAGUGGAUGGUUUAGUUCAUAAAUUAAUUAUACCCAUAACUGAAGAUAAACAUAAAGGUGUUUAUGUAGCAAAAUAUCUAGAUGUACAAACAGAGGGACAUGUAGAAAUAUUAGGUCCACCACAUAUUGUUAAGCCUCCUGUUAAUUCUGUUCUUCUCGUUGGUCAAUCUGUUGUUCUUACUGCUGAAAUAACUGGUACUCCAAAACCACAAGUCACAUGGCUAUUUAAAGGUCAACCACUUAAAUCAACAGCAGCCAAGCAUCAAAUUGAUGCAAAAAAAGAUGGAAUAUAUACAUUAACUAUUCUUAAAGGUGAAUCAGCUGAUGAAGGUGAAUAUACAGUUGUAGCUGAAAAUCCUGUUGAGAAAGUUCAGGCUAAUGCUAAAGUAAAUGUAUGCACAAAAGCUAAAGUUGAUAAAUUAGCUGAUGUUGCAGUUAAUAUUGGUGAAACUGCUCGUAUACUAUGCCAAUAUUCUGGUCAUCCAACACCAACAAUAACUUGGUAUAAAGAUGGAAAACCUAUUUCACAUGCUGACGAUCAACGACUUGUUAUUACACAAGAAACACCAACAUUAUCUUUAUUAACAAUAAGCAAUACAACUAUGGAUGAUAAAGGUGUUUAUUCAGUUAAAUUAACAAAUAUUGCUGGGGAUGUUGAAGGAAAAGCUAAUUUAAUUAUCAAACCCAUAAAACCAAGUUUAACUCGUGAUCUCAAUGGAAAUUAUACAGGUACGAAAGGUGAAGAUCUUAUAUUAUCAAUAGCUGGUACUGGUAAUCCACAUCCAACAUGUCAAUGGUUUAAAAAUAAUACUGAAAUAACAGUAGCAACUGAUACACGCAUAGAAUUCAAAGAAGAUAAAACAACAAAUGAAUAUUUUCUUAUUAUAAAAAAUGCUAAUCCAGAUGAUAUGGGAGAAUAUCAAGCACAAUUAACCAAUGCUGCUGGUUUAAUUAAAACUAAGAAAAGUAAAGUUACCAUACAAAAACAACCAACAUUUAUUAAAAAACCACAAUCAAUUACGGUCAAUCAAAACGAUACAGGCAAAAUUGAGUGUCAAAUCGAUGCAUUACCACAAGCUAAAAUUACUUGGUUAGCAAAUGGAAAACCAAUUACUGUUAAAGAUGGCUAUGAAACAACCUAUGACAUGAAGACCGGUAUAACAACGUUAGUUGUAAAAAAUAUAACAACAAAACAUGCCGGCAAAAUUACUGUUCGAGCUGAAAAUGCUGCUGGUACAGCUGAAGAAACAGUUGAUAUUAAUGUUCGCUCAGCACCAAUUCUCAUCAAACCAUUAAUGAAUAAUGAAGUUGUAACUAAUCACGAUGCAACAUUUACUUGUGAAUUUCAAUCAUCACCACAAGCGACUAUUAAAUGGUUUCAUGAUGGUCAACCAAUCACAUCAACACCAAAUAAAUACGAUAUAUCAUAUGAUGCACAAACAAAUCAAUAUAUACUUAUUAUUAAAAAUACAACCUUGCAUGAUAAUGGAAAUUAUAGUGCACAAGCAUCCAAUGAACUUGGACAAAUUCAAACAGAAGCAAAACUUCAUGUUAUUAAUGCGCCAGAUUUUGUUUCUGGUUUAAAAGACCAAACAGUUAUUGCUAAAGAAACAGUUGAAUUAAUUGUUAAAGUUGCUGGCACACCACAACCAACAUUAACUUGGUUAAAAGCUGGAAAAGAAAUCAAAGCUGAUGAGAAAAAAUAUUCCAUUAUACCUAUAGAUAAAGAUGGCAAUGCUAAAUUAAUUAUUAAAGAUGUCAACGAAGAAGAUCAUGCUUUAUAUUCUUGUGUAGCUAUGAAUAAAGUUGGUUCAAAGCAAACUGAUGGCCAUUUAAAUGUUACAGCACCAUUGAAAUUUAUUCAACCAUUACAAGAUACGGAUGUACUCAGUACACAAAAUGGUACAUUAACUUGUGAAAUACAAGGUAUUCCAAAAGCAAAUGUUAAAUGGUAUUUUAAUGAUAUUGAACUUAAAUCAACACAAAAACAAUCAAUGUCAUCUAAACAAAAUAUUCACACAUUAACAAUCAAUCGUACCGAUCUAACUGAUGCUGGUGUUUAUAAAGCAGUCGCUGAUAAUGGUACAGGUAAAACUGUUGAAACAACUUGUACACUCACUGUUGGCAAUAAACCGAAAGUCGAAGGUAAACCCAAUGAUGUUACUGUUAAUGUUGAACAAUCAGCUGUGCUUGAAUGUACAUUUUCUGGUCUUCCGAAACCUGAAGUAACCUGGCUGAAAAAUAAUGUUCCAAUAACACCCGACCAACGCAUUACAUUUCAUGAAGAUAAGCCUAAUGUUCAUUCAUUGAAAAUUUCUUCGUCUCAUCUUGAUGAUAAAGCAACAUAUACAUGUAAAGCUAAAAAUCGUUUUGGUGAAGUAGAAGCCAAAAUAAAUUUGAAUGUUAAUUCCGUUAAACCAACCAUUGUUCGGGAUUUACAAGAACAGCAAAUCAUUGAAAAAGAUAAACCAUUAGAACUUCAAGUGGAAAUAACUGGUCUACCACAACCACAAGUUAAAUGGUUUAAAGGUAAUGAUGAAAUCAAUCCAGCAACAAAUAAAGAUUAUCAAAUUAGCUUUGAUAAUAAACAAACAUAUACAUUAACUGUAAAGAAUUGUUCACCUGAUCAUCAAGCUGAAUAUUCUGUGCAAGCAACAAAUGCAGGUGGAUCAGUGAAAUCAAAGAAAACAAAAGUGAUUGUACAGAAAAAACCAGAGUUUACCAAAUUACCACAAUCACAAACAGUUAAAGAUGGACAAUCAGUUGUAUUUGAUGCACAAAUUGAUGCUUAUCCACAACCAAAAGUGACAUGGCUUAAAAAUGAUAAACCAUUAACACCUGAUCUUGGCUUUGAAAGUCAAUUCGAUGUUAAAACUGGCCAUAUAACAUUGAAACAUAAAGGUGUAACUUCGAAGCAUGCCGGUGAACUUAUUUGCCGUGUAGAAAAUUCAGCUGGCACAAUCGAUGCACCAGUUACACUUGAUGUUCAAACUGCACCUGUCGUUACAAAGAAAUUGACCGAUCAAGAAAUCAUGAUCGAUAAUGAAAUUCGCUUUGUUGUUGAUAUCACUGGUUCACCUUCACCGAAAAUGACAUGGACAAAAGAUGAUGUACCAAUCAAACCCGAUGCUCAACAUAUCAUUGAAACGAAUGGUACAACUCAAACAUUAAUUAUUAAAAAUGCUAAAGUAACAGACGAAGGUAAAUAUCGUGUAUCGGCUGAAAAUCCUCUCGGUCAUGUUGAAUCAACUGCACAAUUAACCAUUCUUGAACAUCCAUUCGUUGAUCAACCAUUUGGUGAUAUAACACAGCCAAUUGGUUCUGAUGUUACUCUUAAAUGUAAAGUUAUCGGUGGUCGACCAAGAGCAACAGUAACAUGGCUUAAAAAUGGUAAAGAAUUUAAACCUGAUGAUCGACAUAAAGUAAAAGCUUUACCUGAUGGUACAUGCGAAUUAUUUAUAAAAUCAAUCGAUGAAACAGAUCAUCAAGAUAAAUAUACAUUAUUAAUUAAAAAUAAAGUUGGCCAAAAAGAAAUUAAUUCAACGCUAACUGUUCGAGCACCAUUAGAAUUUACUCAACCAUUAAAAGAUCAAGAUGUUCUUUUACAAUCGCCAUUUAUAUUAACUGUGGAAACAAAUGGAAUACCAAAACCAACAGUCAAAUGGUUUUUUAAUGAUCAAGAAAUUAAAAAUACUCCCAAAACUAAAAUUGAAUCUAAACAAAAUAUGCAUACAUUAACAAUACCAAAAGCUGAACUAACCGAUCAAGGUGUUUAUAAAUGUAUUGCAACAAAUCCUGAUGGCACAGUUGAAACCAAAGCAACAAUUUCUGUUUGCACUAAACCAAAAGUUGAAGGUAAAGUCAACGAUGUAACUGUACAAAUUAAUGAACCUGCAGAAUUACGUACUAAAUUCAGUGCCAUACCUAAACCGACUGUGACUUGGUAUAAAGAAACUGACUUAAAUACACCAAUAAAGCCUAAUGAUAAUAUUGAAAUAAGUGAAUUACCUGAUGGUACAAGUGUUCUUAAAAUUAAAAAAACUGAUUUAAAAGAUACGUCACCAUACGUUGCUCGUGCAACAAACAAAGUUGGUGAAGUUGAUGCGAAAAUCAAUUUAACUGUUAAAGAAAUUAAACCACAAAUAUUAUCAGAUAUUACAAAUGUUACUGCUACUCGCGAUGAGCCAGCACAAUUUACAAUUAAAGCAACAGGAAAUCCUCAACCAACAAUUCAUUGGUAUAAAAAUGAUACUGAAGAAAUUCUUCCAACAAAUGAAGAUUUUCAAAUCGUGCAUGACAUUGCAUCGGAUACAUUUAUUCUUAAAAUAAAUAAAUGUAAACCAGAGCAUCAAGGUGAUUAUUCAGCUGUUGUAACUAACUCUGGUGGAACGAUUAAAUCGAAAAAAGGAAAAUUAAUUGUUACGAAAUCACCUGAAUUUCUUGGAAAACCAAAGCCUGUUGAUACCAACGAAAAUCAAUUAGCUGAAUUUCAUGCGAAAGUUGAUGGUUUCCCAACGCCGAAAAUUACAUGGCUAUUCGAUGGAAAGCCAAUUACACCAAAAGAUGGUUUUGAAGUUCAAACCGAUCAAACUAAUGGUACAUCAAUAUUAACUAUUAAACAAGUCACACCGAAACAUGAUGGUAAAAUAACUGUUAAAGCAGAAAAUCCAACAGGCUCAGUUGAAGAAACUGUCCUAUGCUCAGUUAAAACGGCACCAAAGAUUACUAAAAAACCAACAGAUACCGAAGCAUUAUUACAUACAGAUGCUGUCUUUACUAUUGACGUUUCUGGUUCACCAAAACCACAGAUUGAAUGGAUUCAUGGUGAUAAACCAAUCAAACCAUCGAAGAAAUAUGAAAUCGUUGAAGAAACACCAACAACAUCAAAAUUAAUUAUUCAUGAUGUAACAUCGGAAGAUGAAUUACCUGUUCAUAUCAAAGUUAAAAAUUCUCUUGGUGAAACUGAUACAACUGUUCAACUUAAAGCACUUGAAACACCACGUAUUGAACCAUUAUUAACUGAUAAAGAAGUAACAUUAAAUCAACCACUUGUUCUCAAAGCUAAUGUUCAUGGUCGUCCAAAAGUUGAUGUUCAAUGGUUAAAAGAUCAAAAACCAAUAGCACCAUCAGAUCAUGUUAAAAUUGAACGUAAAGAUGAUGAAUGUAUAUUAACAAUACCCAAUAUUAAAGAAGAAGAUAUUGGUGUUUAUACAUUAUCAAUUAAAAAUAAAGUUUCCAAAGUUGAUUCAACAGCAAAUGUUAAUGUAACAGCUCCAUUAAAAUUUAAUAGUCAAUUAAAUGAUUUAGAUAUUAUACAAGGUUCGAAUGGCGUUCUAACUGUAGAAUGUGACGGUGUACCAAAACCGAAACUAACUUGGUAUUUCAAUGAUAAUGAAAUUAAAUCUACUCAAAAAACUCGUAUCGAUACAAAAGGUUCAAUAAGUACUUUGACAAUCAAUAAAGCUGAUAUGCCUGAUAUUGGCGUUUAUAAAGUGGUUGCCGAUAAUGGAAAAGAACGAGUUGAAACAAAGGCUCAUGUUGAUGUUUGUGUCAAACCAAAAGUUGAAGGUAAACCUGCCGAUGUUUCAUGUUUAUUAAAUGAAACUGGCAAAUUAAGUGCUAAAUUUUCUGCUACACCAAAACCAAUCAUCACAUGGCAUAAAGUCGACGGUACUGAAAUAAAACCCGAUUCGCGUAUUCAAAUAGUUACUGAUGAUAGUGGACAAUCAACAUUAAUUAUUAAUAAUGCAACAACACAAGAUUCUCAACCAUAUAUAGCACGUGCAACAAAUAAAGUUGGAUCAGUUGAUGCUAAAAUUAAUUUAAGCGUUAAAGAAGUGAAACCAACAUUAAAGAAUGAUCUUGAACCACAAAUAAUUAAUGUCGACGAUGAACUUGUUUAUCGUCUUGAUGUUGAUGGUCGGCCAGUACCAACAGUUAAAUUCUUUAAAGACGGAACUGAAGUUGGUCCAGUUACAAUUGAACAAUCGAAUAAACCUGGUGAUACAACUGCCACUGCUAUUCUUCGUAUUCCAAAGGCUACAGUCAAUGAUCAAGGUGAAUACCAAGCCUCGGUUGAAAAUACUGCUGGAGUUAUUAAAACAAAAAAAGUGAAAGUUACUGUUCAACAAGUUCCAGUUUUUCUUAAAGCGCCUGACGAUGCUUCUGCUAGUCAAGGUACAGAUGUGAGAUAUGAAGCUCAACUUUCUGGAUUUCCUGCACCGAAAGUAACUUGGUUAUUAAAUGGAAAACCUUUAACGCCUACUGCUGAUUGCUUAAUAACAUUUGAUGCAGCAACUCAAAAGGCUUCAUUGACAUUACGAAAAGUUGAUGCUAAUAAACAUACGGGUACAAUAACAUGUCAAGUUGAAAAUCCUGCUGGAAAAAUCACACACGAUGUUAAACUUGAUGUUCGUACAAAACCAAAAGUAGAUAAACAGUUAAAAGAUGAAGAUAUUGUUCAAGGACACGAUGUAACAUUAUCUAUUGAAGCAAGCGGAAGUCCAGCACCAAAACCAGAAUGGUAUUUUAAUGAUAAACCUAUUCCUACAAAUGAUCAACACUUUCAAGUUAUUACACCUAAAGAAGGAAACACCUAUGAACUUAAAAUUAAACAAAGUAAACCAACAGAUGAAGGUGUUUAUAAAGUUGUUAUGAAAAAUAGUGAAGGUGAAAUAACAAGUCAAUCGAAAUUAAAUGUUCACGUAGCACCUGUAAUUUCUUCUUUACAACCAAAAAUUGAAGCUGUACAAGAUGAAACAGUUAUUAUUCGUUGUAAAGUCUCCGGACAUCCAAAACCUGAAAUCACAUUCUUAAAAGAUAAGAAAGAUGUAACAACAUUAGAUGAUAAAGCUCGCUUUCGUAUUGAAUAUGACGAUAAAACCGAUGAAGUUCGUCUUAUUAUUUCAAAUGUUAAAGAAGAAGAUCAUGGCAAAUAUACUAUACGAGCUAAAAAUCCUGCUGAAACCAUUGAAGAACAUACCAAUCUAGUUGUUACAGCACCACUAGCAGUUGUAGAUAAACUACAAGAUACAGACGUAAUUAGUGGACAAAAUCUGAUUUUAACAUGUCGUUGCCAGGGUAUACCAAAGCCAACAAUAAAAUGGUAUCAAAAUGAUAUAGAAAUUAAAUCAACAACAAAACAAAAACUUGAAUCAAAACCUGAUGGUACACAAACAUUAGCGGUCAAUCGUGUCGAUUUAACCGAUGGUGGACAAUUUAAAAUUGUAGCAACAAAUCCGCAAGGUACAGUAACAUCAACGUGUAAUGUCGAUGUUCUUAUGAAACCUAAAAUUGAUGGUAAAGUGCAAGAUGUUCAAGCUGUUAUUGAUGAGCCAGCUGAAUUAAAUGUUAAAUUAUCUGGUUUACCCAAGCCAAAGAUUGAAUGGUUUAAAAAUGGUGAACCAUUGAUUGUCGAUAAUAAACGUAUGAAAAUUGUUGAGAAACCUGAUGGCGUUUCGUUAAUUAUUGAUAAUACUCAAUUAGAUGAUAAAGGUGCAUAUACAUUAAAAGCAACAAAUAAAGCUGGCGAAAUUGAAUCACCAAAAAUAUCAUUGAAUGUAACAGCUGUACAACCAAAACUUAAAUCAGAUUUACAGCCAACACUCAAUGUAACGAAAAAUGAGCCUAUUGUUUUAAUAAUACAAGCUGAUGGUAAACCAAAACCACAAGUGAAAUGGUUUAAAGGGAAUGAAGAAAUUCCGGCGAAUCAAGCUGGUAUUAAAAUGGUUGAAGAAAAUGAUAAUACAUAUAAAUUAAUUAUUGAUAAAGCAACAGAAAAAGAUCAAGGAGAAUAUAGUGCAAUUGUUCAAAAUCCUGGUGGACAAGUUAAAACGAAAAAGACGAAUGUUACUGUUACAAAAUCACCUGAAUUCGUUUCGAAACCGACAGAUACAACAGUUAAGCAAAGUGAAACAGCUACAAUCGAAUGUCAAAUUGAUGCUUUACCAUUACCUAAAAUAACGUUAUUACGUGAUGGAAAACCAUUGACACCCAAAGAUGGUAUUGAACAAACAUUUGAUGCUGUCAAUCAUCGUUUGAUCAUACAAGUUAAAAAUGCACGUGUUGAUCAAAGUGGUACAUUAACUUGUAAACUUGAAAAUCCUAUUGGAUCAACUGAAACUUCAUUUAAAUUAAAUGUUACAGCUGCACCAACUAUAUCCAAAGGUUUAACCGAUCAAGAAUGUGUUUUAGGUAAAGAAUUACGUUUAACAGUUGUUUCAUCAGGUAGUCCACAGCCAACAGUGAAAUGGUUUAAAAAUAAUGUUGAACUGAAAAAUGUCGGUACUAAAGCUAAUGAUGAUACUUACGAACUAGUUAUUCCUAAUGUCAAACCAGAAGAUGAAGGCAAUUAUAAAGUUGUUAUUACAAAUCCUCUCGGAGAGCAAGAAUCUCAAUGUAAAUUAACUGUUAUUGAGCCAACCGAUAUUAAAUGUGACUUUCCGGAACAACAAACAAUUCAAGUUGGUAAACCAAUUAAACUUGAAUGUCAUGUUAAUGGACGUCCACAACCUGAAGUUACAUGGACCAAAGAUGGCAAAGAAAUUAAACCGUCUGAUCAUUUUGAAAUAACGAAAAACCCAGAUGGUACUUGUUCAUUGACCAUUAAAGAAGCUACACCAGAUGAUAAAGGUAUUUAUAAAGUUGUAUGCAAAAAUAAAUUACAGACGCGUGAAGCUCAAACACAAAUUCAAAUUGCAUCACCAUUGAAAUUUAAUACAACACUUAAAGAUACUGUAGCACAAGUUGGACAAAGUAUUACACUUGAUGUUGAUUGUGAAGGAUUACCAAAACCAACAAUUAAAUGGCUUUUCAAUGGACAAGAAAUAACGCCAUCAGCUAAAUACAAAAUUGAAUCAAAAGGAAGUCUUACUAGAUUAACUAUCCCGAAAGCUGAUCUUGCUGAUACAGGUGUCUAUGAAGUCGUUGUAUCAAAUGGUCUUGAAACUAUUAAAGCUCAAUCAAAAGUUGAUGUUUGUAUCAAACCUAAAGUUGAAGGUAAACCUACAGAUGUUAAUGUUAACAUUGGUGAACCAGCUAAAUUACAAUGUAAAAUUUCCGCUUCACCUACACCAACUAUUGUUUGGCUUAAAGAUGGCCAACCAUUGAAACCAUCGGAUGAUGUCACUCCACAUACGGAACCCGAUGGCACACAAACGCUUGUUUUUAAAUCUACUCAAAUGACCGACAAAGCAACGUACACAUGUCAAGCAACAAAUGUUGGUGGUACGACAGAAGUUAAAUUAAAUCUAAAUGUUCAACAAAUUAAACCCACUCUUAAAUCCGAUCUUAUCAAAGAUGUAACCAUUCAAGCAGGUGAAACAAUCCCAUUAACAAUACAAGCAUCGGGCACUAAGCCUAAAGUUAAAUGGUUUAAGAAUGGUGAAGAAAUCAUUGAAACCGUUGAAGAAACCUAUGAAAUUGUUGAAGAAGAAGAAACUUACACAUUAUUAAUCAAAAAUGCUAAGCCAAAAGAUAGUGGUGAAUAUCAAGCUGUUAUUACAAAUGACGUUGGACAAAUAAAAACGAAGAAGAUUAAAGUACAAAUACAAAAAGCACCUGAAUUGAAAAAGAAACCACAAUCGUUAGUAACAGUUAAAGAAGGCGAACCAGCACAUUUUGAAUGUGAAUUUGAUGGAAAUCCAACACCAAAAGUGACAUGGCUACGCGAUGGAAAACCAUUGACACCUAAAGAUGGCUUUGAAAUUAAAACAGACACAACAACUGGUAAAAGUGUAUUAACUGUACAUCAAACAACAUCAAAACAUUCUGGUCCAAUAACAUUACGUUUAGAAAAUCCAGUUGGAGCACCGAUUGAAGAAACAGUUCAAUUACAAGUUGAAACAGCACCACAACUAUUACAAAAACCACAACCAACAUGCGAAGCACAUUUAAAUCAAACAGCUUCUAUUACAUUUAAAUGCUUAUCAACACCAAAACCAACUAUUAAACUAUAUAAAAAUGAAGUUCAUAUGCCAAUCAAUGGGGAUCAUUAUGAGAUUGUACCAAAUCCAAAUGAUAUGACAACUUAUGAAUUAAAAAUAAAAAAUGUUCGACCUGAUGAUGAAGGAAAUUAUCGUAUACAUAUUGAAAAUUCUCUAGGACAUAUUGAUUCAAAUGUUCAAGUGACGACAGUUGACAAUGUAUCAAUUAAACCAUCAUCGAAACCAAAUAAAACAGAUCUAAAACAACAUGAAACAUUAGUACUUGAAUAUAUUAUUGAUGGAAAACCAAAACCUGAUGUUGUUUUCAUGAAAGAUGGUAAAGAAAUAAAACCAUCAGCUAAAACACAAAUAACUUAUGAUGAAGCAACCAAAGUUUAUCGAUUAAUUACAACUGAUGUUGGACAAGAAGAUGAAGGUAUUUAUACAGUAAUUGUAAAGAAUAAAUUAGGUAAACAAGAAACUGAACCAGUUAAAAUCAAUGUUACAGCACCGAUUGUUGUUAAAACAAAAUUACCAGAAACAACGGAUGGCAUCUUUGGUGAACAAGUGAACUUAACGGUUGAAGCUCACGGUCUUCCUCAACCCAAAGUUACAUGGCUCUUCAAUGGUCAACCAAUUAAACCAACGCAAAAACAUAAAAUCGAACCAUCAAAAGAUCAUCCAGAUCAAAUAACAUUAACUGUUUCUAAAUUAGAUACUACCAAUGUAGGUAAAUAUACGGCUAUUAUUGAUAAUGGUAUUGAAAAAGUCGAAACAACCACAACAUUGAACGUUCAUACGAAACCUAAAUUAGAGUCUAAACUUGAACCCAAUAUGACAUUUAAUAUUGGUGAACAAGCACAGAUACCUAUUCGUCUCAGUGGUGAACAUAAUACAGUAACUUGGUAUAAAGAUUCUCAAGAAAUUCACUUCGAUAGUCGUAUUCGUGUUGUAACUGAUGAAUUUAAUUCUUAUAAAUUAGUUAUUGAUGACCUACGACCAGAAGAUAAAGGUGUCUAUACAAUAGUAAUUAAGAAUAAAGGUGGAAGCAUAGAAAUAAAAACUGUCAUAAAUGUUAAAGAACAAAAACCACAAUUAUUAUCGGACUUAAAUGAUUCUCCAAGUGCCAAUACAGCUAAAAUAGGCGAAGAGUUUUUCUUAGAAAUUCGUGCACAAGGUAAACCAAAACCAAAAGUAACAUGGCUAUUAAAUGGUCAAGAACUAUCAUCGCAAUCAUCUGAUUAUGAAUUAAUUGUUACUGAAGAUGGUUUUUAUCGUAUUGUAUUUCAUCAAUUUCAUGAACGUUAUCUAGGUGAAUAUCAAGCCGUCAUUACAAAUAGUACAAGUACGGUACGUACGAAAAUAAUUCGAGUUAUUGGACAACAAGCACCCGUAUUUACGCAAGCACUACCGAAAUUUAUUCAAAUAAAAACAGGUGAAAAAUUAACUAUUGAAUGUAUGGCUAAAGGGCAUCCAACACCUAAAGUAACUUGGUUACGUGAUGGAAAAGUUCUAUCAAAUAAAGAUGGUUUUGAUAUUAAAGUUGAUCAAACCACUGGGCAUUCAAUAUUUAUUAUUCCAAUUGGAACAGUUAAGCAUACAGGCAAAUAUGAAUGUAAAGUUGAAAAUCAAUAUGGUACACAUACAGUUGAAAUAAAUAUUGAAGUUCUCCCACCACCAACUACUCAACAGAAAUUAAAAGAUUUUGAUAUAUCACGUGGACAAGACGUUAAACUUACUGUCACAGCUAAUGGCACUCCAUUACCACCAUGUAUUUGGUUUCAUAAUGAUAAACAAAUUUAUCCAAAACCAAAUCAUAUUAUUAUUAUUGAUGAUGGGCCAGCACAUACUUUACAAUUACUUGAUGUUCAAUUAAGCGAUGCAGGAACGUAUAAAGCAGUUGUUGAAAGUAUAUCAAGCACAACUGAAUUGAUCAGUCAAGUUACUGUUCGAGAUGUACCUGAUGAAUCAUCUGAACCAGUCGAUAUUCAUGUAAGUCAAGGUGGCUCAUGUACACUUGAAUGUCAAGUAACAGGUGCACCGUUACCUGAAGUUAUAUGGACAAGAGAUGACCAACAAAUAAAAGCCAAUGAACAUUAUCAAAUUGAAUCAUCUGCAAAUGGCAAUCAUCGUUUAAUAAUUAAAAAUGCUCAAUAUGAACAUGCUGGGCGAUAUGUUGCAAACAUAAAGCAGAGAGUACGAACACAAUUUAUGAACUUCGAUGUUAUUAUUACAGACAGAAAAGUGUCCACAACAACUACAAAAAUUAAUCUAACCGGAAUGAGCCAGCAGGAACAAAUUCAACAAAUUCAAUCUCAAGUUCGUCCAUUAUUUCUUCAUUUUGGUUUACAAGAUAUUCCUCGUCCAUUGAAUGAUAUUCUAUUCAAUACAGCACACGAUCGAAACUUUCACACAGCUCAAGAUCAAUUGAAAGAACGUGAACGUCUAUUGACAACACUUGAAAGUUAUUUACAUCAAAAUUCAAAUCAUCAAUUAGGCAAUGGAAAAAAAUUUAACUGGCCAGAAGUAGUUAAAAUUAUUUUUUAUAAUCGUUUUCCAGAAGUAGCACAAACACAUAAAAUUAUUGAUAGAAAUGACGGAUAUAAUGUUCAAAUUAAUGAUCUUAUUCAAUAUUCUAAAUAA